UGUGUAGCAGUGGGGAGUGCUGUGCACUGUGCCCUGCUCCCACCCCAAAGCUGGGGAUCCCUACAGCCCUAUUGCAGCGCUGGGUGCCGGCACACAGAUGGUUCCUCCUCGGGCAGAGAUAGGGCUGUGCUUUCGUCACCGUGCCGGGGGGGGGUGGGGAGCGUCGGCUCCUCCCCACCGCAUAAACAACCCGGUGCUGAGCAGGCUGUGUGGGGCUGCCAUGGGGUCCCCCGAACCCGGCUCACCCCAUGGGGAUGGGGGCUCAGGCGGUGGGAACGGCCGGAGGUGUCCUUUCAGGGCAGCAGGAGGGCGGCUGGGCGCAGCCUUUGGGAUCCUGCAGGAGGGCAUUGAGAGCAGUCGGCGGCAGCUGCUGAUCGAAGCCUUCGUCUCUGCCGGCCGCGUGGACAACAUCACGAUGGUGAUGGGGCUGCACCCCCAGUACCUGAGCAGCUUCUGGAAGACUCAGUACCUCCUGCUGCGCAUGGACGGACCCCUCCCCUACCACAAACGUCACUACAUCGCCAUCAUGGCAGCAGCCCGGCAUCAGUGCACCUACCUGGUGGGGCUGCACAUGGGGGAGUUCCUGCAGGCGGGGGGCAACCCGGCGUGGCUGCAGGGGCUGCACUGCGCCCCCCAGAAGCUCAGGAACCUGAACGAGAUCAACAAGCUGCUGGCACAUCGACCCUGGCUCAUCACCAAGGAGCACAUCGAGGCGCUGCUGAAGACAGGGGAGCACAGCUGGUCGCUGGCAGAGCUGGUGCAGGCGCUGGUGCUGCUCACCCAUUACCACUCUCUUGCCUCCUUCGUCUUCGGCUGUGGCAUCAACCCCGAGGCAGGGCAGGAUGGGGGGCACGGCUGCAGACCCCCUUCACCCCACAGUGACAGCAGCCCCACAGCUGAGGACAGCACGGGGUGCUCGGGGGGCAGGGAUGCCGUGCGUGAGGUGGAGGCGCUGAUGGAGAGGAUGCAGCUGCUGCGGGACAGCCAGAGGGAGGAGGAAGGCGUCACGCAGGAGGAGAUGGCCACGCGCUUCGAGAUGGAGAAGACGGAGAGUUUGCUGGUGGCCCCAUCGGAUGUCACGGAGCAUGCCCUGCAGUCCGGCGUGCUGUGCUUCGUGGAGGACCCCGAGUUUGGCUACAAGGACUUCACGCGGCGCGGCGAGCAGGCGCCCCCCACCUUCCGUGCUCAGGAUUACACCUGGGAGGACCACGGCUUCUCCCUCAUCAACCGGCUGUACCCCGACGUGGGGCAGCUGCUGGACGAGAAGUUCCAGGUCGUUUACAACCUGACCUACAACACCAUCGCCAUGCACUGCGGCGUCGACACCUCCAUGCUGCGCCGCGCCAUCUGGAAUUACGUGCACUGCGUCUUCGGCAUCCGCUAUGAUGACUAUGACUACGGAGAGGUGAACCAGCUGCUGGAGCGCAGCCUGAAGGUGUACAUCAAAACAGUGGCUUGCUACCCUGAAAAGACCACCAAGAGGAUGUAUGCACAGUUCUGGAGGCACUUCAAGCACUCAGAAAAGGUCCACGUCAACCUGCUGUUGCUGGAGGCCCGGCUGCAGGCUGCCCUGCUGUAUGCCCUGCGUGCUGUCACACGCUACAUGACCUGACAGCUCCCCAAUCCCCCCCCCAGUCCUCCUCCUCCUGCUUGGGGGGGGGGGGCUGGGACCUGGGGGGAGCUGACACUGUGAGGACUGUGUUGGGAUGUUGCCUCCUGCCUUAUGGAUGUAGAGAUAAGGGGGGGAAUGGGGUACUUGUGCCCCUUAUGCUGGGAUAGGGGGGGUCUCUGAGUGGGUCCCCUCACCCCCCCCGUGUCCUGGUGGGGUGGGUGGAAGUGGGGCUGCUGUGUGCCUUGUUUGGGGGGAGCCCCGUGGAGCUGAGCCCCUUUUCCUGGAGCAACUUUAGCAAUGAUGCUGCUGUGCCCCCCUCCUGGCCUCAUCCUGACCCUCAGGUACGUCCCCCUGCAGGUGGACUGGAGGGGGCUGAAGGCACAGACGUGUCGUGUUGGUGUCCCCCCCUCAUCCCAGGGUUCAGCCUGAGCCCCCUGCAAUUGGGGACUGGAAGUGCCUUAAACCUGGGCCCUGGGUAGGGGUUGGGGUGGGGGCUGCAGCACCUGCAGUGCCUUUUUUUCACCCCCUGCCUGCUCUGUGCCACUGCAAUGGGGAACUGGGGGGGUGUCUGUGUUGCAUCCACCCAUCCUGUGCCAUCUCUCCCUGCCUGCUGUUGGGGUGAGGCUUCGCUCCCUCCUUCUGCAUCUCCAUACCCCCAUUGCCCACCUCCCCCUGAGCACCCCAUAGCAGUUGGGGCCCAUUGGGUGCCCCCUCGCCCCAGUGCAAAACUCCCCCCAUGCCAUGCAUGGUGCUCUUGGCUCUGCUGCAGCAGUGCUCCCUCAGCUCUGCUCUCCUGCCUGUAUUGAGGACAAGGGGGGUUGCUGCCCCCCCCCCGCCCCACAUCCUUUUGGGGCAGUGGGGCUCAGUGCCAAGAGAAGGGCAGCACUUCUCCUUUCCCUGCCCAUCACUCCAAAGCGUGUCAAUGUGGGGGGGGGGCUGUUGGGAAGGGGGCUCAGCUCAGCUGCCCUCCUCCUGCAGCACGAGGGACCCCCCCCCAGUGCCCCUCAUCCCCCGCUGCACUUCAUUGCACAGCACACUGCUGGGGGGGGGGUUCCCUUGGAGCACUGCUGGGCUGGGAUAUGGGGUACCCCUGCCCUCCCCCCACCCCCCAUGUGCCUUUUCCCCUCAGUGCGGGUCACUGGGGGAGCCAUGGGGAGCCCCCCCUUCCCCCCAUGCUGCAGCACCACCCUGGGUUUGUCUCUGCUGCACCACAGCUCCACUUUAACUUAUUUCUGGUUGUUGAGUGUUUGUGCUCCUACGUGGGCCCGGAACCAACACUGGGGCUUCACUACGGAUCUCAUCUGAAAAAAGAAAUAAAUUUUUUUUUAUUAUU